CUUUUCAACAAUGGCAAUAUUUGUCCCAGUUCACAUCUAUUGUAUUACAAAUAAUAACGAUAUUCAUAUUUUUUAACCUAUAUUCGUUUUGACAAAAGAAUUUUCUAACUCUCUUUCUUUUUCUCUCUCUUGCUCUCUCUCCCUCUUUCUCUCUCUCUCUCUUUCUCUCUCUCUCUCUUACAAAUGGCAACUGUAAGUUCAACAUUAGUAAUUAAUGCUGGAGAUCAGAAUAUUUCUAAUAGCACUGCGAGUAGUUCUGUUAUCGAUAAUAAAAAUAACGAGUCGCAAGUUACACCACUUUUACAAUGUUUUGUUUGUGAUAUAAUUGUAAAAGGACGUUACUAUGCUUUAGCAACAUGUAGAACACAGAAUUCAAGGUCUAAAGUUAUUGAAAAAUUAGGAGAAUUAGUUGGCGAAAGAUACAUGGUUGUCAUAUCAGAAGAUGAUGUGAUUUGUCGAAGUUGUGCUAAUCUUAUUAACACUCUUGAUAGAUUAGAAACAGAAAUGCGUAAUGUGCGAGAAAAUGUUUUACGAUUUUUAGAACAAAAAUAUUCAUUAGAAGAAGGAGAGCUAUUAGGCAACAGCGAAAAACCUAAACUUUCUCAACCGCCUCAAAUUACACGGUCCAAUAUUCAUAAUUCUAAUAAAUGUUUCAAAAGAAAAGAUGAUAUACUAUGUGUUAAUACUAUGGAACAUAAUAAAGGCACAAAAAAUGUUUGGAUGCAAUGCGAUAAAUGUAAAUAUACUACGCAUCAUAACUCGUUCAUGAUUCAUCAUAUACGAGAUUACAUAAAACAGAAAGUAUUUUGUGAUACGUGUGACAUACAAUUCUCUGGAGAUCAUCAAGCAAUAAAUCACGAAUGCAAUGUAAAAAAGAAUCAAAACGAAGUGGAAGCUUUAAAAGAGCAUGAAAGAGAAAAAGAUGCUGACGAAGAUCUAACAAAAAUGCCUGAUAUAGAAAGAAGCGUUCAGCAGAAUAUGCCAAUGUUACCAUUCCAUACUUACUCACAAUUGCAAAUUACUAAUGAAAAUAUACCUGUGAUACGGUUAGCAAACCCUGAAAACUUACAUAUUCCAAAUAUUCUUGAACAUGAUGAAACAUCUACUUCGGAUCAACCGAUGUAUGUUAGAGUAUUACAGCAUAUUAAUGUCAAUGAAAAUUUUAUGCAUCCUACAGAACUAGCAUCAACGCAUAGUGACGUUGAUAUGAUGGUUAAAGUUAAAGAUAGUUCAACUAAGCAAUUAUUAACUUUAACAGAAGAUGGAAAUUUGGAAAUGGUAGAGGUAGCAUGUUGGAACGACGUGCAAUCAGCAGAUCCAGAUCCAGAUACGGAUAUGCAUUUCUUAUGUAGUGUGUCAUACAAGAUGGGAAUAGAAAAAUACGAAUGUGAUAUUGCUUAUGUCUUACAAAAUGGUGACUUUACUAUAUUGGAAAAAUUAUCAUCAUUUUGUUGCGAAUUUGAAAAACGCAUCAUUUUGAAGAUUGAAAAUGCAACGGCUGGUAAAAAUGAAUAUUCACAAACAAAGCAAACAAAUAUGGUCAAAAUAUCAGAGUUACAAAAACAAAUGGAAACAUUAAAAUAUGAAAUGGAUGAUAUAAUGUUGAACCAAAAAAUUGUAGAUAAAAAGAUCAGUAAUAUAAUCAAACAAGAAGAAAUAUUACAAAAAGAUAUAGUAGAAGUCAAGGCAUAUAGAGACGGUUUAUCUCUGGAAUUGGUUGACUUAAAACAAGAGAUACAAGAUAGGAAAGAGAAAAAACGCAAAGAUUGGGAUGCUAUUAAGAGAGCUACAAAUGUUUACAAAUAUAAUUUGAAUUUUGGUAUCAACAUAGAAGAGAAAGAAGAUUAUGACGAUGUGAAGGUAUCAUUUUUUAAAAACAACGAACAUACAAAGGAUAAAUAUUACGUACAUUUGAUUAACAAAGACAAAUUAUGGAAAGUUCUUAUAUUAGUCAAGGAAAUACAGCCUACACUUAAAAAAGAACAUUUGAUCGAUCUAAAAGGCACUGUCGACUUUACUAGGCAAUCACAGGUGUCCAACAUCACUGCAUUUCUGUGUCUUUUAAGGAUUGUCUUUUUAAAGUAUUAUAUGGACGGAAGCUAGAAAUAUCAAUUGUACAUUAAAUGCUUUUAUUAUAAUACUAGUAUUAUACUAGUAAUGACAAUUAGAGGAUAAGUAUAUUUUUAUAAUAUGGAAGAUAGAAAUUAGAAGAGUAAAGUCUUUAUUAAUAAAAAUUAAAGUAUCUAAAA